CAAGAAAUUCCAGGAAUAUUAAGUCUGUACUUGAUAAAUUAUACUUCGGGACUCUUAUUGACAUUGAUUAUUAUCAUUUUGUUAUUUGCGUUUGGCAUGAAUAUUAAUACGAAUAUUGCAUUAGUCGUUUAGAAGCCAGAGAAUUUUUUCUGUAGAGGAAUGAUACCGUUAUAAUCUGUCAUGUAAGAGCUGUCACUGUUAACCGACAUGGUGAAAUUAUUUAAUCAUUAGGUGCCGUUCAUUAGAAUGAGAAAAACAUUUGUUAUAUUGCUACAAGGAAUUCUUGUUCGACGACCUAAAAAUAACGAUGAAGCAGCGAAUCCAGACGCGUUUCUGCCUUCGUUGCAUUGCGUUGCGUCGCUUUGAUGAAUUUCUUGAUAACGCAAUUUGCUGCAUUGGGCCUGGCCAGUAUAUUGAGAACCUCACUAAGUCCCAACGUUGUUACACCUGCAAUUCGCCAUGCUUUUGGACUCAUCGUAGGUCUUGCCUUUGGAUACUUCUGUUUCGACAGGCAGUGCAUCUGGCUGGAUUACCAGCGCUAUGUUACAUUGUGAUGCGUACGCAAGACCCCAAAAUUAUGCAAAGGAUGGUACUUGCUGUUGCACUGUUCUACCUUUCCUGCAUACAUUUUCACCGUCAACUCUAUGAUUAUGGAUCCUAUACACUUGAUAUCACUGGACCUCUGAUGGUAAUCACACAAAAAGUAACUAGUCUGGCUUUCAACGUACACGACGGCUUUACACGUCGCGAUGACGAAUUAACACCAUCUCAACGUUACUAUGCCAUUCGGUAUGUUCUAUUUCCGUUUAAGACAUCAUCAUCGUUAAGGUUGUAUAUACCAGGCGCAACUCUUCUUCGUUUUAGAAAGCUACCAACGGCUUUGGAAUACUUCAGCUACGUCUUCCACUUCCAAGCACUGAUGGCGGGACCGAUUAUAUUCUAUAGAGAUUACAUAGAUUUCAUACACGGAAGUAAAAUACGUGGUGCAAAAUCUCUCACGGGUUACCAUGAUGAAAGAUCCGGUAUGGGGCAUGAAAUCAUUCUGGAGCCAUCACCAGGAUUGGUGGUGAUAAAAAAAGUAUUAGGGAGUUUGAUGUGUGCCAUUAUUUUUGUCAACUUGAUACCUUCGUUUCCUAUUCAACGAAUAAAAGAUGAUGAGUUUCUAGAGAAGAGUUCAUUCUUAUACAAAUUCUGGUAUUUGAUGAUAGCCACAAUGUUAGUGCGUUUUAAGUAUUAUCAUGCUUGGUUGUUUGCCGACGCUAUUUGCAAUGAGUCUGGUCUUGGGUUUAACGGAUAUGACGAGACUGGUAAACUAAAAUGGGAUCUCGUGUCAAACGUCGACGUUAUUAAGUUUGAGACAUCUCUUAGUCUUAAGGAUGCUAUCGAGCAGUGGAACAAAGGUACCAACCGUUGGCUCCGGAUGAUUGUCUAUGAGAGGGUCAAGAAAAAUGGGACGAUAUUAACCUAUGCGCUUUCUGCUAUUUGGCACGGUUUUUAUCCAGGAUACUACCUCACAUUUGCCAGUGGAGCAUUAUUUACCUUCGCUUCGCGCGCUGUGCGUCGCAACGUUCGACCUCUCUUCCUAGGCACAAGGACUGCCAAGUUCUUCUAUGACGUUUUGACUUUCAUCGCGACCAGAUUAGUCAUGGCUUACUGUACGUUUAGCUUUAUUCUCCUGGAGUUUAUGCCCAGUAUCAGACUGUACCUAUCUUUGUACCUGGUUCCCCAUAUAUUGGGAUUAGUCGCGCUGGUUGUUCUUCCACGAUUUAUGAAACUUUUCUCAAGUUCAAACCGUGGAAUGGAAACUCAUGGUGUUACUCAAGAGACUCCUAAUGGCCAUGCGCAUAAAAUUUAUUAAUGCAUAAUCGGAUAUUCGGAAUAUUGUCAGUUCCUCUUGUCCUAAAACGCGGCUAUUUUCGAUAUUUUUGAUAUAGUCGAAUAUUUUUAUAUAGACAAACAUAUUUUUCCAUGAAUACUUUUAAUAAAAAUAACCGUUAUUUAUCGUUGCAAUA